AAAAGGGGAGGACUUGUGGGGGGCGGGCUCUAACCCUAACCCCUGUCGACGAAGGCGGCUGAUCGACGUCGACGAAGGCGACGGGCUGGGACAAUCCAAUCCGGUUGCCCCUAGAUUUGGAGCUCCCGUGUCCGUGUGGAGGCAAUGCUAGCGCGGGCGUUUGGCUUUCUGGGCAAAGCAUGGAAGCGAACGCCGAAUAUGUCCGUCGAGGCCUCGACCUCGCCGCGCCGCUUCCACAUGACACAGCAGCUAUGCCACCUCCACAGCAGCCGAACGUCACAACCAGAAAAAUUGCGCAAAGAACAGCACCCCCUACAAAAUAAUAGCGGAGGAGCUCUGUCAAUGCUGGACUAUAUCUCCAAACAGGACUGGAGCAAGCAGAAUAAUAAUGUCAACAGUGAUAAUUCAGCUUUUGUAGCUGUAGAUUCUAUUAGGGAUACUGUUGAUGGGAGUUUUGAUCAGAGGUUUGCAACACUGAAGAGUAUUGGGGAGGAUCGUGUCAAUGACCGUGAACUUAAGUUACUGCUAAAGAAGAAACCUGCCCCAAAUUGUUAUGUUUGGUUUGAUCCCUCCCCCUAUAUGCACAUUUCUCAGGGCAUCAUGAAGACACUCAUUAUUAAUAAAAUGGUUAAAUCUGGUUUCAAAGUUAAAAUCUUAAUGGCAGACUGGUUCGCGCAGAUGAACAGUGAGAUUAGUGGCAAUCUAAAUAAGAUGAGGACUGUUGGCAGGUAUAAUAUUGAGAUGUGGAAAGCAACUGGCAUGGCUCUUGAUGAAGUAGAGCUAGUCUGGUUGUCAGAUGAAAUAAGUCAACAUGGUGAUGAAUACUGGCCACUUGUCAUGGAUAUUGCAAGGCAAAACAGUGUGCGUAAAAUAAGAAGAACAUGCAGGUCCUUUCAUAUCACUUUACCUAGCAGAUUUUGUGGGAGUAGAAAUCCUUAUUCAAUGGGGGAACUAACCAUUGAUGACAUAUUUUUCAUAUGUUUGCAGUGUGCUGGUAUAAUAUUUGAGAAGGCAGACAUAUGGCUGUUGGGAAUGGAGCAACAUGAUGCCAACUUAUUAGCUAGACAAUAUUGUAAGCAUGUCAAAAGGAAGAGUAGGCCAAUUGCUGUUUUGCAGAAUAUGCUUCCUAAUUUAUUACAAUGCCCUGAAAUGGAGAAUAGGAGGCAUCCAGCUUGGGCUAUCUUUAUGGAAGAUGAUGAGGAAAAUAUAUGUUAUAAAAUUGAAAAAGCUUUCUGCCCUCCAAAAUUAGCAGAAGGCAAUUCAUGUUUGGAGUACAUAAAACAUAUCAUCUUGCCUUGGUUUGGAAAGUUUGAGGUGGUCCAGAAGAAAGAGAAUGGCGGCAAAAAGAUUUUUCUUAGCAUGGAGGAAUUUACGGCUGAUUAUGAAAGUGGCACUCUGCAUCCUGUUGAUGUGAAGCUAGCCCUUGAAAAGUCAUUGAAUAAGAUAUUGCAGCCUGUUCGUGAUCACUUUGGAAGGAACGGUGAAGCAAAGGAUCUAAUGAAAGCUAUCAGGGAAUGCUGCGUUGCCGACUGGGAUUAGAUUUACAUUCUUGGUCUCGUAGAUGCUAGACAUAGGAGCAGUGUUAUUAUCUUUGGACAUGUAAAUGAACAAAUCCAAUCUGUGAACUUGGAGGCUGUUUAGUUAGGGAAAUAAAAAUUUUUGGGUGUCA